AUGGAGAACCUUCCCACCACCUACGAUGGCCCCGUCCACAUCGCCGUCAUCGGCGGCACCGGCCUCUCCAAACUCGAGGGCUACGUCCCCGUCGCCGCCCUCAACCCCGUCACUCCCUGGGGCUCUCCCUCUUCUCCCCUUAUGAUCUUCGAGCACAACGGCCACGCCGUCGCCUUCCUCGCCCGCCACGGCCUCUACCACCAGCUGGCUCCCCACGAGGUUCCCGCCCGCGCCAAUAUUGCCGCCCUGCGCUCCAUCGGCGUGCGCACCAUCAUCGCCUUCUCCGCCGUCGGCUCUUUGCGCGAGGAGAUCAAGCCCAUGGAUUUCGUCAUCCCCGACCAGAUCAUCGACCGCACCAAGGGCAUCCGCCCCUUCACCUUCUACGAGGGCGGCGUUGUAGGACACGUCGGUUUUGCCGACCCCUUUGACGCCGGCCUUGCCGCUGUUGUUGAGAAGUGCGCCUCCGCCAUGAAGGGCGACGGUGUUGUCCUGCACAACAAGGGCACCAUCAUCUGCAUGGAGGGCCCCGCCUUCAGCACCCGCGCCGAGAGCCACAUGUACCGCUCGUGGGGCGGCAGCGUCAUCAACAUGUCUGCUCUGCCCGAGGCCAAGCUGGCCCGCGAGGCCGAGUUGGCCUACCAGAUGAUCUGCAUGGCCACCGAUUACGACUGCUGGCGCGACGAGGCCGGCGAGGAUGUGGAUGUCGCCAUGGUCAUGAAGUACAUGGCUGCCAACGGCGAGAACGCCAAGCACCUCGUUGGUGCGGUUUUGGACGAGCUGCUCAAGCAGGAUAAUAGCGACUUGGUCCUGGCCAAGAAGUGGCAGGGUAGCGCCCAGGGCGCGGUCAAGUUCAUGACUAAGCCCGAGGGCCGUGAUCCUGAGGCUAUGAAGAGGGUUGAGUUCCUCUUCCCUGGCUUCUGGGAGGAGAAGUAG